CAUACAGCUUCGGAUCAUAUCAACAUCAAACAUCAGAACGAGGAAAAAGGGUCAUCUCUAAAGUGUGACUUUUUAAUCGUAGCACAGUGGUUGUUGGAGUAUUUCAGAACCUGCUCUCCUGGGAUUUUCCACACACACACACACACACUAGAGCAGUGGCCACCAAACCUGUUCCUUGAGAUCUACCUUCCUGAAGACUGACCGUCUAAUCGUUAGAAGGAAGCCGUAAGAAGUUCUUGAUCGACGGGUGUGUUAGAGUUUGUUUGGAGAGGAAAGCUGCAGGACGGUCGAUCUCAAGGAAGAGGCUUGGUGACCACGGGGGCAGAGUUGAUGCAGAACGGUGCAACAGACAAAAAACAUCCUGUGAGCGGAGGGUCUGCAGGUGGAAACACCUUGUUGAUGAGGGAGAUCAGAGGAGAGUGAGCAGACCGGUCUGAGCUGACCGGAAGCAUACAGUAACUCAUAUGAUCACUCUUUCCAGCCGUGGUGAGCAGAAACGCAGCUGAAGACUGGAAACAGACCAGAGAAGGAGCUGCAUAAGAAAUGGGACUCUCUCAGGACUCAGUACAGCAGAUACACCAAGAUGAUGUACUGCUCAGACGGACGCUUCUUCACCCCGAGACAGCAGUGGAUCAUGCAGCGCCUCAAAUUCCUCGAUCCUCACAUCAAGCGCAGGAGCAACUACUGCACCGACCUCGACUACGAGGUGACGAUACGACAAGAACAAUCACAUCACCGUACUUUAAGACGUCUUACAUGAAGUGUAUCACGGUGACGGUGGUUGAGAACGGCUGUGAGGAUUCGAGCCCCGCCCAGGUGGACGUGGAGAUCGAGGCGGACAGCAUGAACAAGCUGGAGAUGAACCUGGACGCCUCCAAACUCUCCAAGCAGCUCUCCAAACGGGCGUUCCAGAACGACGACUCGGACUCGGUGCGUUCCCUCGGAGCCAAGAAACCCUGCUCGGACAAACCGAGCCCGCAGAUGUUCCCCAAAAGCGCCUCCAAGCGACAGUGCGACGAGGAAGACGAGGAUGAAGAGGAUGAUUCGGCUAGUCUCAGGAGGAUCGUGUGCAGCACCAUGGAGGAGAAGAAGGACGAGCGCUGGGACGGUUUCUCCGGCUACGUCACCUCCUGUCUCCGGAGCCUGGACUCGUCCCAGAGCCGCAUGAGGGCGCAGGACGACGUGUGUGCUGUGCUGCAGAGACACAUGGAGCGAGACGGCGAGGACGAUGACGACGACGGGGUGGGGGACAGGAGCGAGACGUGCCGGAGAACCUGCUCCACCUGCUGCGGGUCCGGGAGGAACACGAGCGGGGGCGGCGCCGUCAAGCUGGCCACACCCCCCACGGACGAUCAGGACGACCUCGAGCCCUUCCUCAAGUCCAUGUCCAUCAUCAUGAAGAGGUUACCCGAGGGCGAGAGGUCAGAGGUCAAGUUCAGGAUCCAUGAGCUGGUGCACAAAGCUCAGAUGAAACAUCUAAACGAACAGAGGAGCAAAGAGAAGGACAUGCAGAACCCGUCUGCUCUAUGAGCUGCGUUUUACUCUCGCACACCACACUGGCACUUUUUUACAGAGCUUUAUAACUUUUUUUUUAAGUUAUAUAUAUAUAUAUAUAUAUUACACGUCUGCGAGGAAUAAAUUAGGAAGAUCUUCUCUUCAUAGUGUAUUCUGCUGGAAGAAUAAAAACGCUGGAAGUGUUAUAAAAAUAAACACUGUUUCUAUUUUUUUAUACUAAAGCGUUAAAACCACUAUCGCCAACGACAGGCUCAGGGUUGCCAGAUUCACCAGGAUCCCUCACAGUUGUGCUGUUUUUAUCCUUAACAAGGAAGAAAGUGUUGAAUCUGUGACGCGUUAAACAUCACAGUGCUGCAUUCGAAAUUUUAAUUGUUGAUCACAUUUAUUCAGUCAUUUUUUAUUUUAUUUUAUUUUUUGCAUUUUAUUGUUUUAAAUGAACAGAAAACAUACUUUGUUCUUUCACACUGUGCAUCGAGCGUGUAUCACGUUAAAUUUUUAUUUAAACUCUAAAUAUAAACACAAACGUUCAUGAAUCAGUUACUCUGAUGAUUGAUUGGUGAUUUGAUUGAUUGAACAUUUCAUUGUUAUUCAUUAAUUAAUAUCAGACAGAACGACAUUAAACAUAUGAUUGGGAAGUGUGUGAAGUGCGGUGAUUGAUCUCUCUCUCUCUCUCUCUCUCUCUCUCUCAAAUAUUACAGCUCAUUUUUAAUGAAUUACUUAAUGAACCUCAAUUAAAGGGUUAAAUCUGAUUACGUUUAUGUAGAAUUAUACUGUUGACCACUAGAAGGCGCUCCAGUACCAUAUACUGUUAUUAUGGGAGUCUUCGCGCUCUCUCUCUCUCUCGCUCUCUCUCGCUCUCUCUCUGACCUGUCUUACUUAUUAACGCUCGAGUUUUAUGUCCACACAAUAUACUGAAUUUUAUGAACAUUUAUUCACUAUCAAGGAGAAUUCCCACUCUGUUCAGCGAGUCAGAUCAUUUGACUCGGUUCACCAAUAAGAGUCGACUCGUUUAAUUCCCAAUUCGACUCAUUGGCAUUUUUUUUCUCCUUAACUGGACACCAAAGUGGUUGUUGUUCUUUCCUUAAACAUGACUGAAAUUGUUUAAUGAAAAACGACAACAACAAAACACUCACUUUGUAUUGAACUUUCUAAAAUAUAUUUAAAUAAUUUAGUCUAAAUUACCGAGAGACUCAGAAUGUGCAUUUGUAUUAUGACCUGUUGUCAAAAGCACGUCUCGUGAUUCAAUGAUUCAAAACGAUUCAAUACCUCAGGUUGUGAAAAAUGGUUUCUGUGGAAACAUUUAAGCACUAAUUAAAAAUAAAUGAAUGAAUAAAUGAGUAACAAAUUAAAAAAAAAAACAAAAACCAUUCGACUCCUUGUGUUCACUUCAAAAAGCCAAAUCAAAGAGUCGACUCGUUCACAAAUGACUCAUCACCAUUUAUAGUAUAGACCAGGAUGCAAAAUAUUAUUAAUACUCACUUCCCUGUCAUACAUUUUAGACUCCUGAGACAAAAUCUGUUCCGUAAAGGACAAAAAAAAGUGCACUGUGUGUCGUUCUCAGCAAACAAUCCCAUCAUUCUAGGACAAGUGUGAACAUGAAAGUGUGAAGACAGGUUAAGCAAGUCCCCUGAUGUGAAACUGGAAUAUCAGCACAUGUCCAGUCAGAUACAGCUCGGGAUUGAGUGUA